AUGGCUAAACCAUAUAGCAUUUGGCCAGUAAUCUUGGUUCCUUAUAACUUGCCGCCAUGGUUGUGCAUGAAAGACCAAUUCUUCAUGACAUCCCUCAUUAUUCCAGGGCCAAAAUCUCCAAGUAAUGACAUUGAUGUUUACUUGCAACCGUUAGUCGAUGAACUGCUUGAAUUUUGGGAACAUGGUGUACCUACGUAUGAUGCCUCCACAAAGGAAACGUUCGUGUUGCACGCUGCUUUAAUGUGGACAAUCAAUGACUUCCCAGCGUAUGGGAAUCUUUCUGGUUGGUCAACAAAGGGAAAAUUGGCAUGUCCAUCUUGUAACGAAGGCACCGAUUCCAACUGGUUGACGUAUGGACGAAAAUUUUGUUAUAUGGGACACCGUCGUUUCUUGCCACCAAAUCACAUGUGGAGACUAAGAAAACAUUUGUUCAAUGGUAAAGAAGAUCAUCGCCCACCACCAAGGGUUUUAGAUGGUGCUGAUAUUCUAGCUCAACUACAGAUGCUUGGGGAAGUGCAAUUUGGUAAAUCUCGUCGAAAGAGGAAGCGCACUACUGAAGAGUUGAAUUGGACAAAGUAUAGCAUUUUCUUCAAGUUACCAUAUUGGGAUAAUUUCAAUUCUCGACGUGACCUGGAGAUCUUGGGCUUCAGAAAAGAAUUACAUUUGAGGCAUGAAGGUGAACGUGUUACAAUGCCACAUGCAUUGUACACAUUACACGGUGAUGAGAAGAGGAAAUUUUGUGAAUGGUUGGCCGAUGUGAAAUUCCCAGAUGGAUUUGCUUCGAGCAUCUCGCAUUGUGUUUCAGUACGUGAUUGCAAAAUCUCAGGGUUGAAAAGCCAUGACUGUCAUGUUUUCAUGCAAAGACUACUUCCUAUUGCCGUGGGGGCGUUCUUACGAACUGAUAUCGCCUUGACUUUAACUGAACUGAGCACGUUGUUUAAGGAGUUGUGUGCCCGAACCUUGGAUGUUAAUCGACUAUCCCAGCUCCAAACUGAUAUCGUCACAAUUCUAUGCAAAUUGGAGAUGAUAUUUCCUCCGUCUUUUUUCGAUGUCAUGAUCCACCUUGCUGUCCACUUACCCCGUGAGGCCAUACUUGGGGGUCCAGUACAAUACAGAUGGAUGUAUCCAUUUGAGAGGUAUCUUGGCAAGUUCAAGAGGUAUGUUAAGAAUAAAGCCUGCCCAGAAGGCUCAAUAGUCGAAGCCUACAUUCACAUCGAAUGCUUGACUUUUUGCUCAAUGUAUCUCCAAGAUAUUGAGACAAAGUUUACUCGAACAGACCGCAACAUUGAUGGUGGAGAUACCGAGAAUAUAGAUGGAUUCAAAAUUUUCAACCAGAAAGUUCAGGAGCAGCAUAUGACCAACCCACUUGAUGUGAACGCUGAUUUGUAUGCGUUAGCUUGCAGGCCUGAACGGUGGGUUGCAUCUUAUGCUGCGUGCAUUAUACAUGGCAAAAGGUUCCAUACGAAAAACCGUGAAUUUCGGCGGCGGACACAAAAUUCAGGGGUGCUGGUAAUUGGGGACGAAAGUACUAAUAAUGUUGACUUCUAUGGUGUUAUUAAUGAUAUCGUGGAGUUACACUACAUGGGAAGGCGUCAGGUGUACUUGUUCAUGUGUGAUUGGUUUGAUGUUGGUGAUACAAGACGAGGCGUGCGAGUUGAUAACCAUAUGACCAGUAUUAAUAUGGACAGGACUUGGUAUAAGGAUGAACCAUUUGUGUUAGCAUGCCAGGCUUCACAGUGUUUCUACAUUAGAGAUAUAAGGGCGAAAGGGAGAUGGUUUGUGGUACAGAAGUACAUGAAUAGGAAUGUAUAUGACAUUCCACCAGUGCCGAGGGUGUUAGGAGAACUUGAUGGAUCAUCAAGUGAUGAUGAUAUCUAUCAAGAAAAUGAGGCAUCAUAUGAUUAUGCACCUUUGCAUUGUGAUGCAUGUCCAAUGUCUACUCCAUUGAGUAGGAAUGACGUAGAACCUAUGGUCAUUGAUGCACAAGAAGUGACCAGUCCGGCUGGGCAAAACAUGCGUGUAGCAGACUUUAUUGACGAUGGCAUGAUAGCUUCUGGUUCAGGCUAUGCGUCAGAUGAUGGAGAAUAUUCAGAUGAGGAUGACUUAUCCACAGACGACGAGUCUAGGUCAUCUUAG